AUGAUUCUUCUUCUCCUUCUUUUCCUUUUUAUUUAUCUCCUUCUUCUUCUUCUUCUUCUUCUUCUUCUUCUUCUUCUUCUUCUUCUUCUUCUUCUUUUCUUUUUUUUUUUUAUAUUGUUUUUUUUUUCUGUUUGCACUUUUCCUGCCUUUUUUUUUAUCACCUUUUACUUUUUCUUAUCUCCAACCUCGUUUCAUUUUCUUUCUUUCUUUCUUUCUUUCUUUCUUUCUUCUUCGUUUAUACUUCUAUUUUAUAUUUUCUUCACUUUUGUUUUUUUUUUCUCUUCAUUUUUUUUCGCUUUUCUUCUUUGGUUUUUCUGUCUUUUCUACGUUUUUCUUCUCCAUAUUUUUUAUUUCCAUUGUCUUCGUUUAUUUUAUCUUCGUUGUUUUAUUUUCUACGCUGCUUUUUCUUUUUCCUUCAUUUGUUUCGUCACCUUUUUUCUUUUCUUCAUUUUCUUUCUUUCUUCAUUUUUUUCUUUCUUUUUUCUUCGUUUCGUUAUACUCUUUUUAAAACUAUUUUCUCCUUCACUUCUUUUUCUCUUCGCUUAUUUUUGUAUUUCCUUUUCUACGUUCUUACUAUUUUGCUUCCAUCCCUUCUUUGUUUGUUUGUUUGUUUCUUUCUUUUUCCUCCUACUUCUCCUUGCCUUACCUCUGUUCUUAGCCGUUUACCAGCUUCCGGUCCCCUCUCUCCUUUUUCACCUACUCCCAUUUCUGUAUGCACACAUUCUCCCACCUUUAUUUCUUACCUUUUCUAUCGCUUCAUAUUUCUCUUUUAUUUAUCCUGUCAAGCUUCCUUUUCAUAUUCGUCCUUCUAUCUUAAACAAAUUUAAUCUUCAUUGCCAUCACUACCCCCCUUUCUCUCCGGCUCUCUCUCUCUGUUUUCUGAUUUCCCUUUCUUUUUCCAUGCCCUCUUCAAGCUAG